UGAACGCAGCUGAAGCGCUUUGUGUCACAUUGUAAAUCUUCCUCCUGUGAACCUCACUUUUGGUUCCGUCUGAAUAUUUGAAUUGAAUUUAUAAAUGUUAACACCGGAUGUUUACAUGUCGCGUGUCUCUGAUGUAAAACAACAAACAACCACCAGAAGCCGGUGAACGAGCCCUCGUGCUGUCGGACAGGUGGAGGUGUCAUGGCGGUGUCUCAGGUGAGUCCAGGUGUGUUCCUCAGUGAUCUGGACUCAGCUCUGAACGUCAGUGUGUUGACCAGCAGGAACAUCACGCUCAUCGUUAACGCCAGUGGACUGGAGGGUGUGUCCUACCCUCAGCUGGACCUGCAGCUCCUUCACGUCCCCGUCCAGGAUCAACCUCAUGCCCCCCUGAGCCACUACUUUGAAUCUGUGGCUGAACGGAUCCGUCAAAACCACACAGGGGCCACGCUGGUCCACUGCACCGCCGGCAGGAGUCGAUCCCCCGCCCUGAUCAUGGCCUACCUGAUGAGGUGUGAGGGUCUUAGCCUCCGUCGGGCUCAUGAGCAGGUUCUGGAUCAGCGGCCCUUCAUCAGACCCAACGCUGGAUUCUGGCGGCAGCUGAUGGACUAUGAGCGCACUCUGUUCAGCAGGAACUCGGUGCGGAUGGCGCGGACGUCCUGUGGCGUCCUGCCUGAGGCUCUGCAGGACUCUGAGGACAGAGCUGCGUACUGCGUUAACGUCUGAGGAAACGGAUCCAGAUUCUCCUGAAGGUCCAGAAGUUGUGACACGUCACAGAAAAACAACAAAAACUUAAUGAAUGUAAAGAAAAUUAAAACAUGAAUCAGUUGAUUUGAUGAAA